CUUGAAAAGAGUAAAAGACUGGACUACUAAACGACACCGUAUCCGGUGUCUCCUUUAACUCGUUGUUCUAAAUCCAACAGUGUAGUGUAAACACAUAUUUCUCCGAAAACAACAUUUCAGAGACUUUUCCACCGAAUCAAUGCUUCUCCGUACUUUCUCGACAUGAUUUCCCUUCCUCUGUUUGGUUCCUGGGAAAAAGAAGACAACUUGUUCACAUUUUGAUACCCUGCAACUCAUAAAGAUUAGUUUAGUUACUCUUUUAAUUGAUGUAAUUACUUUCCUUCACUUUUUUUUUUCCCAGAGUUUCUUUCCCAGUGACGACCAAAUCUUCUCUUUUCUUUUGUUUUCUUUUCUGGGUUUAAUUUAAUAUAAGUGUGAAAAUGAUGUUCUCUCUGUAGUUUAUUUGGGGGUAUUUGUUGUCGUUUUGCUUUUGAAAGUUUGUAGAAUGACGGAGUCGACAGGACUAAGGUUGGUGAGGUGUCCGAAGUGUGAAAACCUUCUGCCGGAGCUCGCCGACUACUCUGUCUAUCAAUGCGGUGGAUGCGGUACUGUUCUCCGAGCAAAAAAUUCGGAUGCGGAUGCUUUCCCUAGUAAGUCAAAUGAAGAAGGCGUUGCAGAAGCUUCUACCAGAUCACAGAAUUCCUCAGAUAAGGGAGUCGUGGAGUUGAGUGAUACUUCUGAUUCGGAAGCGAAGUCCAGUGGUAGCCCUUUAAGGUGCAAUGAAAAUUUCCCUGAUAAAAACAAUGUUGGUUAUACUGAUAGAGGUGGCAAUCAAUACAAGGUUUUGGGGAACGCGUUAGGUGUUGAGAAUGGUCUUGAUGUGAAGUUGAGAGGAGAUGAACCAGGUAAUGUGGUUGAGAGGGAACAUGGGAAUUUGAAUUCAACAAUGGAAGAUGGUGGUGAUUCCUGGAGAUUGGGUCGGAUGUCUAAUCGGCAUCUUGGGGAGAAAAGUGAGAAGGAAGGGUUUCAGAGAUCCAUGAAACGUAAUGCUGAAGGUAUGAGAUUUUCUGCUUCAAACUAUCCAGACGAGGGCCCCUCAAAUUCUCGUUUUGACUCAUUGCGUAAUUAUGGGGAUUCCAUGAGGAGUCAUAGUCAUCUUGAUGGGGCUAACAGAGUUCAAUACCUUGAACAAAAUCGAGCUGAACUACUGCAGAAGCUGGAUGAGCUAAAGGAUCAAUUUAUUAGGACAUGUGAUGUUGCUGAUAAACCAAAGGAGCAGUUUCCUGGUGAUGGGAGGGCCAUUCCUCCACAUUCAUACAGUGAUUAUAAUUCCCGGUUUCCAGGUAUUUCUUCUGGAUUGGAUAGGGCUCCAAUGCAGUACUUUCGGCCUGAUAGACAUGCUUCAGGGCCUCCUUGUUUUAGUCAUUGUCCUGAUCCAUUCCCUUAUGCCAAUGGGCAUGAAAUGCCCAUUGAUAGCUUCUAUCCUCCGAAGCUUAAAUCAAGUAGUAUUCCCGGACGUGGGGAUCCUUUUGGAUCCCAAAUGUUCAGAAGAGCUCCACAACAAUUAUCCAGUCACUACCAGCAACAACAACCUCAUCCUCAUUUUUCUGGACGGUAUGUUGAUCCUAAUCCAGAUCUUUUUGAGCCAUACCCGCAUAAUGAGCCAUUUCACCAACCUUCUUGCCCUUGUUUACUUUGCUACAACAAGAAUCAAAGAGUUUCAGCACCAGUACUACCCACUGCUUUUGGCAAUAAAAGAUUUCCUGACAUUCCCUAUGAUCCCAUGUCAUAUCAUCGCAACACUUCUGCCAUAUUUGGUCCACCUUUUCAAAAUUCUAGCACUGAAAAUGCUCCAAUGAAUUUCCAUGCUCAUCGAACCCACUCUGAGAUGGAUGGCACCGUUCGACAUCGUCUUCAGAAGUUGGUUUUUGCUAGUAAUGAUCGCCGUUGUUAUCCUGUAGCUGGUGCUGCCCCAUUUAUAGCAUGUUAUAACUGCUUUGAACUGCUGCAACUGCCAAAGAAAGCGCAACUUCUGAUGAAAAGUCAACAAAAGAUACGGUGUGGUGCGUGUUCCACGGUAAUAAAUUUUACGAUCAUCGAUGGGAAGGUUGUUCUUUCUGUUGAUACAAUGCAGAAUCCUUCCUUGGUUGAUGAUACCUGUAAUGAGUUGGUGAAAGAUCAUGUGAAUUCUGGUGGCCGUGCCAACCAGUUUAGUGCUGAUUUCUCUUCAGAUGAUUUUCAAAUGAUGGAUAGAAAACCCAUUCUCAUGUCAAGAGUACAGGAUCCAGACUCAAGGAAGCCCCAAGAUAUGCACACCUUUCGUUCUUCAUCUCUGACCACCUCUGAUGAUGAAAAUAGUCCGGAAUUCUUAACUUCUCCAACAGAGGUUAUCAACUCUGUUCAACGGCCAAUCAAAACCUCUCUGUCUUUGUCAGCUCCUGAUUCACCUCUUCAGGAUCCCGUCAUUUACUCUGCUAAUAAUCAUUCAGUGAACCGAUUUGGGAAGGGAAACCAAAGUAGUCGCUCUGAUCAAGAGAAGGACGUAAUUAACAAGGCUACAGUGCGACAAAAUUCUAUGAAGGAGACAUCCUUUGCAACUGAGAUGGAGGUUUCAUUUAAUGAGCUCUCUAGUACUGGGGUGUCGCAGAAUUCUGGAGAUGCAGACAGAGAAGAUGAGAAAUCUAGAAUCAACAAAAGUGGUGAAUCAUUUUUCAUGAACAUUAUCAAGAAGCGCUUUCGAGAUCUUUCCAAAUCUAAUCCGACUGAUGAACGUGGAAAUGUGUCUAUCAAUGGUCAUCUCAUCCCAGAACAUUUGGUUAAGAAGGCUGAGAAGCGGGCUGGACCAAUCCAUCCUGGAGAAUAUUGGUAUGAUUCCAGAGCUGGAUUCUGGGGUGUCAUCGGCGGGCCUUGUCUUGGAAUAAUUCCUCCACAUAUUGAAGUAUUCAAUUACUCCAUGCCAGAAAAUUGUGCGGGUGGAGACACUGGUGUUUUUGUAAAUGGAAGAGAGCUUCAUCAGAAAGAUUUGGAUUUGCUUUCUACCAGAGGACUUCCAGCCGAUAGAGAUGGGUCGUACAUUGUUGAAAUUUCAGGUAGGGUACUGGAUGAAGACACGGGUGAAGAGCUAGACUGUCUCGGCAGACUUGCCCCAACGGUUGAGAAGGUAAAGCAUGGAUUUGGAAUGAAAGCUCCAAAAGCAGCUACUGAAUGAGCUUCUAGGAAUCAAGGUUUCUCUACUGUGGAUGAUUGGCAUACUGGAAAUGCAACUUGUUGCAGAGCUGGGAUCACUGACGACGAUAGGAUACGUACAAGGUAUCCCUCAUGUUGUGAGAUAUGAACAACGCAAUAUUUAACAGGAUGCUUAAAAGCUUAAAAUGCUGAAUAGAUGGUUACCAAUGCUAGUAUCCUGCCAGUGGUUGCUCAUUAUAUGUUGGACAUGUUCCAUCUCUUUGAAAAAAAAAAUGAAAUAGAAAUGGAUAGUGUGUAUUUGGUUGUUCAUUUUUGUUCAUCAAGGGUAUAUCUGCUGUUAUGAAUGA